CAACGGUUUCUUGUUGCAGCCGUUGAGAAAUAUGGGCAGCUUUGGUAUGCGUCGAAUUCGCGCUGACGCAUACUUAUUAUUUUUUGAUGGCUAAUUGAUGCUAGAAUAUGAUCGUGGAGAGGGUUCCACGUUGCUAAUUGUACAUAUGAAUUAGUUCAAAAUUCUGCCUGUUGCUGAAAAGAUUCAUUUCUGCCGGGAACCUUGAACUACAUCGACGACCAACCACGAUGAAAGCUCGCGAGUCGUGACAGAAUCAGAAUCGUCGACGAAAUCAGACCCUGCUUCGACGGUCAACGGAGUAGCAUUUAGUUAGUAACACCAGAAACUUCAGAGAGCUGACAUGAGCUAAAUCGCAUGGUUGUGUUAGAAAUAAUACUGCAUUAGGUGCUGCACGGACGUAGACGUACGUGUGUACGUUGCGGGCCUACGGGAAGAGUAGAAUAAAAAUCUGCAGCUCGAUAUGUUUGUUGGGAUUGUAAGAGUAUUUACCGUCAAUAAUGAGUUGAUUAAUUAUUUAAAAACUAUGUGACAAUUAGUGAAAUUGAACUAUUAAUACCUUAGUGAUUUAUCGUGCAAUUAUUAUCUGUAUUAUUAUUUGUUGUAUAAGACUGUUAUAAUAAAUUCCUUGCCAAAAUGAAUGGGAUAAUACCAGAAAUGGAGCAGAUAAUAAGCCGCUUGGAACGUGGAACUGUUGUGACAAAAUUCUUUCCUCGUAAAAGACCUGAAAAAAAAACAUUAAUGAUACGGAGAGAGACUAGACAAAUAGUCUGGUCAAGAAGCGCAUCCUCCAGACCCUUUGAGGGAGCCGUUGAGAUAAGAGAGGUCAAGGAAGUCAGAGAUGGGAAGAAUUCAAAAGAUUUUGAAAAAUGGCCUGAAGAUUCUAAAAAAUUAGAAGGAAAAUGGUGCUUUGUUGUCUAUUAUGGUUCUGAAUUUCGAUUAAAAACAAUUUCAGUUUCUGCAUAUAGUGAAACUGAGUGUGAGUUAUGGGUGAAAGGUCUGCGUCAUUUGGUUCAGGAUACAAUCAAUGCUCCAUAUCCUCUUCAAGUUGAACGGUGGCUGAGAAAGGAGUUUUAUUCCAUGGAGAAUACGCGAGAGAUGGUCACCUUGAAAGAUGUCAAGGCUUUUUUACCGAGAGUGAAUUGUAAGAUUGUGACUAACAAACUCAGAGAGCUUUUUGAGCAAGUUGAUACAAGGCACAGAGCUGAACUGAGCUUUGACGACUUUGUCUUACUUUACCAUACCUUGAUGUUUGAUAAUAUUAAUCUCGCAGAUUGGGAGAAAUUAGUGAGUUACUCAGAAAACAGAACAGUAACUCUCCAAAAUUUUCAAGCAUUUUUGCUGAACGAGCAGCAAGACCCCCUGGGUAGUAGUGACCAGGAAGUAUCCCGUUUUAUCAGGGAAUAUCUCCAAGAUCCUCAGAGAGAUGUCCAGGAACCUUGCUUUACCCUUCCAGAAUUUAUCGACUUUCUAUAUUCCAAACAAAAUCAAAUUUGGGACCAGAAGCACGAUCGAUGUACAGAAGAUAUGACAAGACCCUUAUGUCAUUACUGGAUAGCCUCUUCUCAUAACACGUACCUGACGGGAGAUCAAAUAAGCAGUGAGAGCAGUUGCCAAGCUUAUGUGAGGGCACUGAGAGCGGGAUGUAGAUGUAUUGAAUUAGAUUGUUGGGAUGGACCGGAUGGAAUGCCGUUUAUUUUUCAUGGACACACGUUUACAACGAAAAUAAAGUUCCUGGAUGUUAUAAAAACGAUAAAGGAACACGCUUUUGCUACUUCUGAAUAUCCAGUCAUCCUCUCAAUUGAAGAUAAUUGUUCCUUACCUCAGCAACGAAAAAUGGCUGCUAGUAUGCAAGAAGUAUUCCAAGAUAUGCUCAUAUCUCAGCGUGUAGACAAAAAUGAAACAUGCCUUCCAUCACCUUACGCUUUGCGGCGAAAAAUUUUGCUGAAACACAAGAAGCUUCCAGAUGGUGUUGACGAAAACUUGUUCAUUCCACAAAGCGACGAUAGCAAGCAAGAGAUGGACCUUAGAAACACUGUAAAAAAUGGAAUUCUGUUUCUCGAAGAUCCAAUCGACAAAAUAUGGAAUGCUCACUUCUUUGUUUUAACUAAACAGAAACUCUAUUAUACGGAUACUUUCUCUAGAACUCCCGAAGAGAGUCAUGAUGAUGAGGAAGAGAGUAUUACUCAUAGACUACCGGAAGGUGUACCCAAUGACGAGUUACAUUUUGGAGAAAAAUGGUUUCACGGAAAGUUGGGUAGAGGCAGGGAAGAAGCGGAAGAAUUGUUAAGACGUUAUUCCCACCUCGGAGACGGCACAUUUCUAGUCAGACAGAGUAUUACCUUUGUCGGAGAUUACUGUCUGUCCUUUUGGAGAAAAGGCAAAGUAAAUCAUUGCCGCAUUAAGCUCAAACAAUCAAUGGGACAGACAAAGUUUUAUCUGAUUGAAACCAACUGCUUCGACAGUCUCUAUAGUCUCAUUACCCACUACCGUAGUCAUCCGCUCAGAAGUUCGGAAUUUUUAAUUACACUCCAAGAACCAGUUCCUCAGCCGAGUAAACAUGAAGAGAAAGAUUGGUGGCAUGGUGAAUGCAGUAGAACAGAGGCAGAAGAUUGGCUAAGACGAGUCUCUACUGAUGGAGUUUUUCUGGUGCGGCCUAGUGAGAAAGAAGCCAAUUCAUACGCAAUUUCAUUCAGAGCAGAGCGAAAAAUCAAGCACUGCAGGAUAAAGCUGGAAGGCCGGUUAUACACAAUCGGAAAAGUUCAAUUCGAAAGUUUGGUGGAACUGAUUAGCUACUAUGAACGUCAUCCACUUUAUAAGAAAGUCAAGCUCAGUUAUCCCGUCAAUCAGAACAUCAUGAGGCGAGGGGGUUUGGACCCCGACGAAGGAGCGGUUUACGGUACACCAGGAUACAUGGAUCCCAGCAGCUUUUCAUCUCAGAUAACUGUAAAAGCGAUGUACGACUACACGGCGUGUCGAGAUGACGAAUUGACAUUUUCUAAACACGCGAUAAUCACAAACGUUAAUCGUGGCGAAGGGGGAUGGUGGAAAGGGGAUUACGGAGGAAAGAAGCAGCAGUUAUUCCCUGCUAACUACGUCGAGGAACUGGGACCCCAGGAUAACGCGAGCGAUUCAUCCGAUUCGAUGAUGCUUGGAAAUCUGCAAAAGGGAUCCUUGGACAUUAUGGGAGCAGUCGUGGAAUUGUCAGUAAGUGAACGACCUGAAUUAGGCUGGGUUCUUAGAAUACAGAAUCCCAGCAUGUGCUCAACUUUUGAAGUCGCUGCAAAAUCGAACGAAACUGCCAUUGAGUGGAUGAACAGCAUCAGGGAAGCUGCGCAAAACGCCAGUAUUAGGGAAAAUCAACAUAAAGAAAUGGAACGUACUUGGCGUAUAGCGAAGGAAAUGUCCGAUCUCACGAUAUAUUGCCGUUCCGUACCAUUGAAUAUAGAGAGAACAAGGAUCAAAGAAUUUCCCUUUUACGAAAUGAGCAGUUUUCCGGAAACGAAAGCCGAAAAACUUAUGUGCCAACAAGAGAAUAAGUUUUUCUUAAAAUAUCACCAGUUCCAGUUCAGCAGAGUUUAUCCCAAGGGUCAGCGCUUCGAUUCUUCGAAUUAUAAUCCUGUGCCCAUGUGGAAUUCCGGUAGUCAAAUGGUAGCUCUUAAUUAUCAGACCGGUGACAAGCCCAUGCAACUCAAUCAAGCAAAAUUCCGACAAAAUGGUAACUGCGGGUAUCUUCUCAGGCCUGAAUUCAUGUUCAAAGAAGAAUUUAAUCCGUACGAUAAAAGUACGCUGAUCGGCGUUGAAGCGUUGAAAAUUAAUUUGAAAAUAAUCGGUGCUAGGCACUUGAGUAAAUCCGGAAGAGGAAUUGCAAGUCCCUUUGUAGAAGUUGAAGUCGUCGGCGCUACUUUCGAUACUGGGGUAAAGCUGACAACAAAAGCGAUAACUGACAAUGGUUUCAAUCCAAUGUGGAACGAAUGCUGUGAAUUUGAAAUAGCGAAUCCUCAUUUCGCUCUCCUGAGAUUCGUUGUUCAAGACGAGGAUAUGUUCGGAGACAGCAAUUUCAUAGGGCAAGCUACGUACCCGGUCCGAUGUUUAAGGACGGGUUACAGAAGCGUUCCAUUGGAAAACAAUUUUAGCGAAAGCCUAGAGCUUGCGUCGCUUCUAGUUCAUAUCAGCAUUGGAACUGUAUCGGAACUUAUCCACAACCAUGUAGUACGACAUAAUUCCAUGACGAGUGGAACUGGUUCCUUGACCGACUUGGAUACGGAUUCUCAUACACGAAUACUUAUUUAGAAAUUUUAUAGUGAAGACCAUCGGUAGUGCGAAUGGGUAAGAUAUUUCCUAUACUUCUAAAAUUUCCGGUCAGAUAAUAUUUGUCUAUAAAUGGUGAAUCAUCUGCAUCCAUAUUUUUUGAUAAAAUUAACUAGCCUCUACAAAAGUAUAAAAUUUGACUCGUGAUGCAAUCGAUUAGGAAAAUCGUAGCGAAUAUAUUUUCAGACGUGAAUAUGUAUACGUAAAUAUUACAUCCUACUACUGCAAUCAAAUGAUCUCUUUGAUUGUUACUAAUUAGAAUCACAUCCAUCGAUGUGUAUCAUAUCAGCCGUUGUUAUCAAAACUACUCAAAAAAACUUUUAGAUAUGAAAUUGUUAGCAUGCGGUAUGAUUCUCUUACAACGAAAACAAAGUCCAUAAAUCGAUAGACCUAACGUAUCAUACUUUACAGUUCUCUCACAUAGAUGCUAUGUAAUUUUAUAACUCUUGUGCUUUUGCUCAUGUUAGAAGAAAUUUGAAAACUCUAUGCCAAUCAAAAAACUAUUAGGCUGCUCCAGAAUUAUAGUUAAUAGUGAGAGAAAAAAGAUGUUACAUUGUUAUGUCGUACUUCAUUGCAAAAUUGUAGAUACAAACUUUUCAUAUGUUGAGUUAAUAUGAUAAGAGACAAUUAGUUGCUAAGUAACUAAAUUUUACUGCACCAUUAUAUGUGCGACGUGACAGGCCUAAUUAGCAUGCAAUAUUUGGUAAUUUUACAUUCAGUUCGACGUAUAGGGUUCUUAAUCCUGCUGAUGAAGCAAUAUUUUUUUCUCUUCCAUUUAUUGAAGAAUGAUGUUAUUAAUAUUAGAAAAUUUAGAAAAAAAAUAAGCUCAAUGCUUUCGUAAAAUUGGGUCAAUUAAUAUUAUUAUCGUUAUCAUCAUCAUCCUCAUCGUCAUUAUUAUUCUUAUUAUUUUUAUUCUUAUUCUUAUUCUUAUGAUUUUCACUUUACGUAAAUUCAAUACGCUCACGUGCCUGCGCGACAUUGCUAUAAUACCUGUAUUACGCCGCUGUUGCUCAAUUUCAGAAUUAAACAUACGUUUUAUGUGGGUAUAAUUGAAUGAAGUGUGAUUUAGGUGUCGCAAUUUUAUGUAUAAGCUGUACAUGAAAUCAUUACCUAAUACCAGAAUUUUAGUAAUGAAGGUCCAAGAGUGAAAACUAAUGUAUAGGUGAUUAGAACAAAUAUAUUUUAUAAGUAACUUUACGUCACUUGAAUGAAUGCAUUAGUUAUUGGAUGGUACACGUAUAUCAUGUCAUAACUUCUUGUAGUGUUAUUAUUAUUAGUAUUACUAAUAUUCUUAAUAUUAUUAUUGUUGUUAUUAUUAUUCACGUGAUUAUCAAUAUCAUAUUCAUAUUGCUAAGCAUACCUAUGUAUACAUAUCGUGCGGAAUUAAUCAAUUUAUGGUAAUUCUAUAUGUACCCGACGUACAUUGUCGUUCAACUAUUAAAUUUUAAGAACGUAUUAAUUGUUUGAUGAGUUUAUCAGACGAUUAUCCAUGGUUAUAUAGUAAUAUCGAAUAUUUAACGAGAAUAAGGGAAUACGGGCGAUUUAUUUUGAUGAAUUAUUUUCCCGUGGCGGCAGAUUUCUUGACUUCACACAAAAUGCAUGUAAGAAUAUGAAAAAUGUAUUUAUCUUCGUACAGUAAAGAUGAGUAUGAAGUAGCUUUUUAGUUUUAACUGUUUAAUUUUAUUUUUUCAUGCCAUUGCCAAUACCAAUAUCAUACCUGAGCCCGCGCAUUCGAUUGAUUGUUGUAAGUCUUUGAAAAAUGUGAGCAGUAAAAUUAGAUUGGUUGUAAUGGAAAUAUACAGAUUGGCUUGAUCAUA